ACUAUGCUAGCUCCAUGGUUAGCCUGUUGCUACUUGACUAUAGACACUUCAGUGACAGCAGCGUGAGACAAAAAGGUGACGCUGCAAGAUAAACACAAAAACUCGGGGAAACGUCGAGGCUGCUGCUGGUGUCGUCUAUAUUUGUGUCCAAAAUGCAGUCUUCCAAACGCAGUGAGAGUGACUGGCAGGGGCUGGUCAGUGAGACUCAUGGACCAUUUUUAAAAACAGAUUUCAUCCUCCAUCAGACGAUUGCCUCAGAAUCUCUGUCUGUGGACACGUUCAGCUUUAAGAAUGACGUCUACGUGGCUAUAGUGGCCCCCAGUAUGGAGAGCUGCAUGGUUUUCCAAUGGGACCACAUAGAAAUGAACUACAGGACCUAUGACAAUAUCACAGGUUUGUAAAAAAAAAAGUAAAAGGUACUUUUCAUAUCAUUGGAGGUAACACAAUUUCAGUUUUCGAGAUCAAGCUUUUGCUUUGAGAAAACAAAAAUAAAUACCCAAAAUUCAUAAGAAAUUGAUUUGUAUAACUACUGUAACUAACAACAUAUGUAUCAUUUUUAAUCAAUAUCACUGCAUUUAACACUUGAACAAAUUAACAACACUUGUCUGAAAUAUUUUUUACUUUUUACUCUUAAAGUACAUUUUUAAACUGGUAUUUACUGGUAAAUACGUUUAUUAAGUAGAUUUUUUUUCAUGUGAUACUUUUACUUAAGUAACAAAACUGAGUACUUCAUCAAAAACAAACAGCUUUUUCUUCCUCUACUGUAAAUAAAUAUUUUAUUAGAAUAAAACAUUUUAAUUGGCCC